AUGUCGGCCUAUAUCGGUAAAGGAACGAGAUUGACUAUUCAUACGAAUAGCAUUGAACAUAGAAGUGAAAGUAAUAUUACGAAAGUGAAUAUCGGAAUUACUCUCACUGUUGAUGAGUGCAUUCAAAAGGUAAACGAAGCAGCACUGAAAUUCUCCACUUCGGAUUUUUUGAACAUUUUGAGAACAAUGAUUAAUUUUUCACCUCUACAGAACUACGAGCAAGCUUGUCCGACAAAGUGGCUAGCUACAUCUGGUGGAUGGUGUCAACCUCCAGAAGAGUAUAAGGUUAUUUUUCACAUGAUAUUCAAACAACUCUAA